ACUAAUGUUUGAUCAAUUAAGGGAGUUUCUCAUCAAUGAAGAGUUUCCCAAAGGAAAUGGAGUGAGGUAAGCUUCAGUAUUUUAUUCUCCUUUAGUUAACUCAUCUAACAAAUAAAUCUCCAAAUGCUAGUACACCAUAAGUUAACUGACUUCAUUUUAAAAUGGAUUUGCUUUCCCCAGGUGAUCAAUGCCACCCUGUUCAGAAUGGUCCAGAAGCACAAUUGCCAAGGGGGGAAAAAGGCACUUUGCAUUGAUACAUAUGCCAUGACCCAAAUUCGGAACAGGAAGACUUCAAUUCUAAGGAAGUGUGAUCCUUCAUUGUAUGGAGUCAUUCUGGGGGUAGUGAAUGAGCCAAAUCAUUGGAUACUCACAGUCAUCUUCCCCUCAGAACAGAGGAGCCUUGUGCUGGAUCCACUCUGCAACGAUGCCUCCAAGAUCACAAGAUGUCUGGAGACCACAAGAGCAUUCAUGAGAGCGAGGGGCUGUACGGUGUCCAGGUGGAAAGCCAACACUGUGCCACAUAGCCUGCAGCAGGAUUCCACUUCAUGUGGAAUAUUUGCCAUCAAAUAUGCUGAGAAAGUCCUGGCAGAGGCUUCUCCUACUUUCCCAAACUCUGAAGGGGCAGUGGCUAAUUACAGGAGGGAAAUUGCUGUAGCACUUCUCAAUGAGACUGAUGAUCUCAGUGAGCUGUGCCACUACUGUGGAGAGGGAGAAGAAGCGCGAGGGGGGUCUCAAGACAGACCUGAUGCCACUGACUGGAUCCAGUGUGACACCUGUGGAAGGUGGUACCACGAGGGUUGUGUUGGGAGACCUGACAGAGAUCCUAUGUACAGCUGUCCUGCAUGCCACCAGGCUCAAAUGAGUCGAUGCCGUCCAAAACGACAUAAUGACAUCUCCUCCACAAGCCAGCCUCAGCAGUGGCACAAAGCCAGGGGUAAAAAAAUAACUGGACAACCUGUGAGCAGUGUGGUGGUAGCCAAGGCCAAAGUCAACCGCAAGCGGAAACCCAUCAUGUCCAGCUAUAUCCACAAUAAUUAA